CUCUUUGUGCUGUUCAGCACCACAUCUGUUUAGCUGCAUGGAUAAGAGCAAUAACAUUUUAUUGUUUUGGCUGAAAGCACUCUGAUUCCUUUCAAAAUCAUCCCAGCAAAUGACAGCAUUGCUAAAGGUUUAGUCACUUGCUUGUCGAGGGCUGGUACAGGAAGGUAGGCAAACUGGAAAACCGAGUAUUGCACAGCCGAGAGCCAGAGUUCUCACGGCUCCACAAAUCGAUACUGCCUCCGCCUUCCCUUCCUCUGCAGCAAGGACGGCCGACCUUAUUUGUUCUUCCAAGGAAUUCCCCUAAUUUAACAGUAUUUUGAGAGUCCUCCUGUAACAACUAUCUUCCCUCUCCCUGUUUCCAGCUAUCAGAGCUAUCACGGACCAUAACCGCGGCUGAAACAAGAAGGAAAUGAGUUGGCUCUGUUCUCACUUCAGAGACAGAAGUUCUCACAGAGACCCUCCUUCAGAGACAGAAGCAAUGAACUCUGAUCAGCAGCAGGAGGCUAUUGAAUUACCGGGAAGUAAUGUGGAGGAAAGCACGACUGAUCACCAGCAGCCUCUAAAUGAUCAAACGAGAAUGGAGGAGAGAAAUCCCUGGAAAUCAUGCAGGAAUGUCGUUUUCUGGAAGUGUAGACUAUGGAUGGUUAUAACUACAAUAUUUCUAGUGAUCUUCCUGGUCAUUCUCAUCAGCCUAGUUCUUUAUUCCAAUAUUUACAUAGAUGAGGAUGACUACUGGGAUCCUGAUGAACUACUAAGCAGUGGAAAUUUUCACAAUUUUUCAGGAACAUUGGAGUUAAUGUGUGGUCUCCCACACUUCCCCUCGGAGAGCAUUACUAACUGGCUCACAGAGGUCUACAGUUCAUCUCCAGCUUUAGGACGUUACUUUAGGUCAGCUCAGGUGAUUUCUUUCAGUAAUGAAAGCUCCACUGUAAUUUAUCAGCUAGUGUUUUCUGUACCACCAUCAACAGAGGGAUUUAUGGAAAACAGCAUGAACCCAGAUUUUAUAAGGAACAUAUUACGUCAAAAUAUUUAUGAUGAAGAUACUCUUAGUCCUGGGACAUCUGAAUGUGUCAGAUUAAAACUCGACCCAACUUCUCUCACAUAGAAAUUAUGGAAAGAUUCCUCAUCUUCAUCACCACCUAGAAGAGAUGGGAUUCCCUAUCUAUAACUAAUCCCAGGGCAGGGAACUAUUUAUUAGGUAGAAACACUUCUAAAAUUGUUGUGUUAUAAAUACUGCCUGUGAUGCAAUAUUGUAAAUGGAAAAUGUGGUAUGACAGUGUUGUGUUGCUGUAACACCACUACCUCCUUCUUCUAUGUCUCAAUAAUCCAUUUCACCUUUGAGAAAAUCAUGUAUUUGAUGCAUGCUCUGUUGACUUUGAAAGUUCUGCUUUGUCUUGCAUUAUGAUUAAAUCUGAAUCCUCUGCAAGAGCUUUAAAAGCAGUCUUGCACAUGGCUCCUUUCUUUUUCUCUUGGCUUAUGCGAAAUUACCUGUACAGCUUCAUCCUCAACACUUCCACUCAAACUCAUAUCUGUUAUUUUUUUCCCUCCAAAAUUCAUAUGCCACAUUUCCUUGUCGCUCUUUCCUUGUAAAACAGCCUGAAAACCUAAAUAUAUAUAUAUGUGUGUAUAUAUAUAUACAUAUUCUUUAAUUACAUGCAAGGCCUUUGCACUAGCUUCUUAAGAAUGCUUUAACUCUCAUAAUUUCCUUAUUCUUCCUACAGUCUCCUUGGAUAAGGUGCUCUUUGCUCUACUUUUCUCUUCUUCAAUGUGGAAUACAAAAGAAGAAAGCAGCAGCAUGAGGAGAUAUGUCUUGCUCACUAAUGAACCUGAAUGUCACAGGAAUCUUUAAAGAGUCAAAUUAGCAGAAUUAGCACUUUUACAGUUAGCAGAGUUAGCUGCUGCUAUUGGUGAAUAGACAGAUACUUGACCUGUUUUUGUAAAUCUGAAGACUAGUCUAUACCCUUAAUUAUAGUUCCUGCCCAGCACUGGGGAUAAAAACCAGAUGUAAGGUAUUUGCCUUAAUAAGGCAGUAAAUAGUUGUUCUUGUUGAUGACAGACCAGGUGAGAUGAGCCAGGGCUGAGAGGAAGGUGCUGAAGCAAAUGGCAUAGACCAGUGUGGCAUUAAAGUUACAGACAAUAAAUAACUGGCUAUACACCAAAAUUGAGCAUUAACUUUAUGCAGAAUGGAAUAUAUUCACUACCAUGUGAGUGAAGUAUAUCUUGUCAUUUAUUUAUAACCUUAUAAAUGUUCGUACUCUUGGAUAGACACUUUUAUUUUAAGAAGCGUUUUGUAUUAU